UGGGUUGUGGAGCAGCACUGAGGGCUGAUGGGAAUUCAGUCUUUGGUGCUGGUGAAGGUGUUGUGUGGAUGAACAAAGUCGAGUGCAGAGGGAAUGAGAUUCACCUGUGGGACUGUCCUCUCUCCCUGAAUAACCACACUGACUGCUCACGCAAAGAGCAUGCUGGACUCACCUGUGCAGAUCUGUCAGUGUCCACUACUCCUGCCCCAAGAUCAUCAUUUUCUCCUCCAGUUUCUCCUUCAGUGCGCUCAACAUCAGUCUCUCCUUCACAAACUCCUCCACCAGUGUCUCUCCCAGUGCCUGUGAUUGUUCUGGGAGUUGUGCUCUUACUGCUCUUAGUGCCACUGCUUACACUGAUUCAGCAGAACAGAGUGAUGAGGAGAGCUCUCUCUAAGAGGAGACACAGGACGAUGUCUGAGACCCUUUAUGAGGAGAUUCAGCACAGACACAAUCACUUCACUCAGAGGGGGAGUCUCAUCUCAGAAGAACUGCAUUCUGGGUAUGAAGAUGCUGAUGAGCUUCUCUCAGCAAAAGAUUUCAAUACUGCAUAUUAUGAUGAUGUCACCAAUGGCAGUGGCCUUAAAGAAGAGAUGAUGAAGGAAAUCACACCGGCAUACUAUGAUGAUGUCAUCACUGAUGGACUGAAACCAAAUCAAGUCACCCCUGAGAGUUAUGAUGAUGUCAUGACAAGUGGACACAACUCUGAUAUCAAAAAAGUGGACACACCAGAGAAUUAUGAUGAUGUCAUCAUUAAUAGACCGAUCUCUGAGGGGGUAACAGAGAGAGUUCAGGAGGAGUAUGAUGAUGUGAUGAGUGUCAGUGAAAAUGUGAGAAACCUGUUUGAUUAUGAUGAUGUGGAGGAGGAGUCAAACAAAGAAGGGGGGCAUUCGGCUCAGUGAUCAUCCACUGCCUCGAUUCAACAAAUCUGAACAAAGUUUGAGUGAUAUUGUUAUUGAUAUGUCAAAUCUCAGAUUUUUAUACCCCCCUCCCCUCAUUUUUGUAUUAAAUUUUGUGAGAUUUCGUUUAUUUUGGCCUUGUUAAUAUCAAUAAAAACCAC